GACGCUCUGUGUUUCCCUAUGGGUAAUCAUUGUGCAGGAAAUUAGACAUGAAAUCUUUGAAUAAUCAUGGAUCUAAAGUGUAGAUGGAGCCGACAGUAGUGAAGCAAAUUGCAGCGAGUGAUUCCAAUUACUGUUUAUGGAACGCAGCUGUCUGAACUCCAUGUGCUGAGUGGAGAUAUUAAGCUGUGACUUGAAACAGGAGCGAUUCAAACAUAGCAUAAAAUAGGGAGGUGACCCAAGAAGAAAUGUCAUCCAGUGGGGAGUGAGGGGGGGCAUGAAUGCUGUGAAAUGCUCAGAGAUCUGCAAUAACGCUCCACAGGACAGGCAGCACCCUGGUCUCCCACUGAGGGCCACACAUGCUGGUAGAGAAGCUGGAGAGCAGACAGACAGGCCAAAUCACAAACUAAGGAAACAGACAAGUAAAGGCAAAAACGUGCUACAGUUAAGACUUCAGCAGAGGAGGACACGAGAGCAGCUGGCAAACCAGGGCAUCAUGCCUCUAAACCAUGGCAAAUUCCCCAAGCAGGAGGACUCAUAUGCAUUUGAGGAGGACAGCAGCAGUGAAAGUCUGUCUCCGGAGCAGCCCCACAGUGACGAGUCCCAGGGCUCAGCCUGCCCUUCGUCUGAUGCUGUUGGCAGCACGGCCUCUUCUUCCUCUUCACCUUCCCUCACCAGCCAACGACAGGGUAGAGCAACGAGAGACCCUACAGACCAAACCCAGGAGGAAGGGCUGUCUGCUCCUAACACCAAUAAGACAGCCAAUCCAAUACCUGGUCCUUUAAUAGUCAAGUCCAAGACGUCAGACAAGAACCGACACAAGAAGCCCAAAGAUGUGAAACCAAAAGUAAAGAAGCUCAAGUAUCACCAGUACAUUCCUCCAGACCAAAAGGUGGAGAAGUCCCCUCCACCCAUGGACUCAGCCUAUGCCAGACUCCUGCAACAGCAGCAGCUCUUUCUGCAGCUUCAGAUCCUAAGCCAGCAGAAACAUACUCACACACAGUCACAGAUGCAGCAGCCACAACAGCAGCACACACACUCCAUGCAGGCUCAUGCCCAGCAGAGGCAGUCUACCUUCAGCUACCAGCCUCAGCUGCCAGCCAAUGCCCAAAAGGGAAACAGCAAGCAAUUACCAGCUUGCACUUCCAAUGGCACAUCCAGCAACUCUAACAGCAACUCCUCUUCUCCAGUCAAGAACACAUUUUCCAACCAAAACAAUGUCCCGUCUGUGAAAGUUGGUCCACUACCUACUAAUCUGGAUGACCUUAAAGUGUCUGAACUUAGGCAGCACUUACGCAUUCGCGGCAUGCCUGUUUCAGGGACCAAAAUGGCCCUCAUCGAGAGACUGCGGCCCUUUAAGGACUCCAAUGCUGAUUCUUCGCCAUCAGGAUCUUCUGAUAUCACCACGCUGACCUUUCCUGUUACACCCACAGGCUCCCUAUCUUCCUACCAAUCCCCAUCCUCUUCCAGCAAUUUAUCACAAGGAGGAUACUACCCCUUUCCCAGCACCUCCUCCACUCCUCCCAUCUCCCCGGCUUCCUCAGAUCUGUCUCUCUGUGGCUCCCUCCCAGACAGCUUCAGCGAUGUUCCAAUGUCCACUUCGAAUCAGUUUAACCUGCAGCCUUCCCCGACCCAGAUUGGCAUAGAGGAUGGCCUUGGAGCAGGAGGAAUUGCUGGGGUCUGUGGGGGAAACCAAGCAGUGGGGGAAGGUGAAGCCAGUGAUGGUCUGGAAGCAGAAAAAGAUAAGAUGCUGGUGGAAAAGCAGAGGGUUAUUGAAGAGCUGACGUGGAAAUUGCACCAGGAGCAGAGACAGGUGGAAGAACUUAAGAUGCAACUUCACAAGAGAAAACGCUGCUAUGGAGCAAGUGAGGACAUCGUACCUAAUCAGUCCCACCCCCCAGUGCUCCACCAGCAGCAGCAUUCUAUGAUGGGUCAGCAUUUUAUGGGAGUGACAAUCAAGCAAGAGCCUACAUCUUUGUCCACUAGCUGCCCGCUAUCCUCCUCAAAGCAGCUCAAGAGUCCUCCUGGCAGCUGCAUGGAGGAUAUAGGAUGCUGCAACAACACCGUACCAAAUGUGGGUGGACCUGUUGGAACGCAAUGCAUGGACACAGACCCUUCCUCUACCAACCCAUCUACCAUGUCAGCAUUUCUAAGUCCUGAGUGUUCCCCGCAAGAUUCUCCCACAAGGAAACCCACCAGCAAUUCCCAGCCUUCAUCGCCUAAUAGCCCCUGCCUGCUGUCUCCUCUGCUGGGAAGAGAUAGCUGUGGACACAAACAAGGGCAAAGCAGAGGUCACAAUAUGCAGGUGCAGCAGAGGAGUGGCCAGCAGUUAAACUGCCCUUAUCCUUCGGACCAAAGAGGCCUUCAGGCUGUAUUUCCAAACUCAUCUGACUGCGGCCUUAACCACAGUGGCCCUGUUAAGGCUGAGAGCCAGAAUAUGCAACCAAAGAUGUCAGCAUUGCCAUCUUCCCGGCAUGUUGGCCAAAAGUGCCAGGUCUCUCCCCCAGCCUUCAGUAGCUCAGAUUCAGAUGCAUCUGACUUAAGACAGCCCCCAUGCUAUGAGGAUGCAGUCAAGCAGCAACUGACCCGCAGUCAGCAGAUGGAUGAACUGUUGGAUGUGCUCAUAGAAAGUGGAGAGAUGCCAGCUAACGCAAGAGAAGAAAGGGAGAGCUCCUCUGUAACACAAGUUGUGCCUCCCAUUACUGUGUCCCCAGGGUGUCCUGGCCUCCUCAUCCCAAGGUUCCACUGGCAUUACGAGCACCUGCCCCCCAACCACCCCCCGUACGACCAUGCAGCCAGUCACACCAACGAGAGCCACCUCCAGACUUUGCUGGGCAGUCCCAUGGGACGGGGAGGGGAGAUGGCACUUCUUAAGAUGGCUGGCGAAGAUGGACAACAGGAAGACGAAGGGAACAGAGAUGCCGAAGAGUAUGGCAGCCUCCACAGCCGCCACUGCCGACCUCAGCAUUCCCAACAGGACAAACUUCCGAACAACAGAGAUCGGAUAGACAUGCCUCUGUCACCUGUUAGCAACAAGGUGUUCACUGCUCCUGAGGUUCAGGGGAUGGUCAGCAUGGCCUUCAGUGAGACGCCAUGGGAAACGAUGGAGUGGCUGGACCUGACGCCUCCUAGCUCCGCUAAUGCCUUCAGCGCUACUCAACCCAGUGCACCCAGCAUCUUCAACACAGAGUUCCUAGAUGUGACAGACAUAAACUUGAACUCUGCCAUGGACCUCCAACUGGAGCACUGGUGAAAGCAAUAAUGCCAACAGCAAUACCAAAGAACUAUUCAGUUCCACCAUGACUGCUUUAAGUCCAAGUGUGAGAAGUUAUCAUACAGUGGAAGAUUAUUUUAUGUAGUUAUUCAUAGUUUACUAUGCAGACAAAUUUUAAUUGUGAAUCUAAGCUUUACUGAACUUAAUUUCCACCAGUGUUGUUGUAACCAAAAAAACAGGUGCUUUUUGACAUGAUCUAUGUCCAUUUUGGACAUUGAUGCGCACAACUGUCAUUGAGCUGGAGACUGACAGUGGACACACGCAGGACUUUCUGUAUGUACCACGUACCAUGUGUUACACCACCGAGACUUGAAGACGGAAUGUGCCAAUCACUGCAUACCUACAUAGCAUAUGUUUGUGUUACUGGAAAAAGAAAAUAUCUAAAACAGAACAGAGUAUAAACAGAUCUGGAUUGCUAACGUGCGGCCAAAUUGUAAAUAUCAGAACCUGUUAAGAAAAUCUCACAUCUGCAAUGUCUUUUUAAAGGUGUGAGACAGAGUCCAUCCCAAAAAUUUACUGUUUAAUGUAACCAUAUGAUGUAAAUAUGACACGAAAAACUCACAGAGCACCUCUUGCUUAAUACACAUUUGUCACAGUU